AAAAAAAAACAUAGAAAACAAAAUGGAGAAAACAAAACAGAGACCUCAUGUCAUAGUCCUCACAUAUCCAGCUCAAGGCCACAUCAACCCCCUCCUCCAAUUUGCAAAACGCUUAGCUUCCAAAGGCCUAAAAGCCACACUAGCCACAACCCAUUACACAGUCCCCUCCAUCCACACAAAAACAAUCUCCAUCGAACCCAUCUCCGAUGGCUACGACCAAAGUGGCUACAACCAAGCUCCAAAUCUACCAACCUACUUAGACUCAUUCAAAACAGUUGGUUCAAAAACUCUUUCUGAUCUCAUUUUCAAGUACAAGGACUCAGACUCUCCGGUGACUUGUCUCGUAUACGAUUCAUUGCUUCCAUGGGGUCCUGAGGUGGCUAAAAAACAUGGAAUCUAUGGAGCUGCGUUUUUGACAAACUCAGCAUCGGUGUGUUCGAUGUAUUGGCAGAUUGAGAAGGGUGUUUUGAGUCUUCCUGUUGGGGAUGGAAUGGUGCCUUUGGUGUUGCCUGGAUUGAUUCCUUUGGGAUUCUGUGAUAUGCCUAGUUUUCUUGCUCAGCCUGUUGGGAGUCACUCUGCUUAUCUUGAGGCUAUCUUGGAUAAGUUUUCUUGCUUGGAACUCAAUGAUUGGGUGUUUGUGAAUUCAUUUGAGGAGCUGGAGAGUGAGCUAGCAAAUGCCUUGUUGGGACACUGGCCAGUGGAGAUGGUUGGUCCAAUGGUGCCAUCAAUGUUCUUGGACCAACAAAUAGAGGGAGACACAAAUUAUGGAGCCAGUCUCUGGAACCCAAUUGGUGACCAAUGCUUGGCAUGGCUAGACACUAAACCACCCAAAUCAGUGGUCUAUGUGUCCUUUGGAAGCAUGGCACAAAUUUCAGCUGAGCAGGUUGAAGAAAUAGCAUGGGCCUUGAAAGGGGUCAACAAACCCUUCCUAUGGGUACUGAAAGAGCCUGAACAUGAAAAGUUGCCAACUGAGUUCUCAAACUCAACAAAUCAGAUGGGCUUAGUCAUCACAUGGUCUAACCAACUAGAUGUGCUGGCUCACCGAGCUGUGGGGUGCUUUGUGACUCACUGUGGAUGGAAUUCGACACUGGAAGGGCUAAGCCUUGGCGUGCCAAUGGUGGCGGUGCCGCAGUGGAGCGAUCAACCAAUGAAUGCCAAGUAUGUGGAGGAGGUGUGGAAGGUGGCAGUGAGAGCUAGAAAGGAUGGAGGAGUUGUGAGAAGAGAAGAGCUUGAGGUGUGCAUAAGGGAGGUCAUGGUUGGAGAGAGAAGUGACGAGAUUAGGAGAAAUGUGACCAUGUGGAGGGAACUUGCUAAGAGAGCAGUUAGUAGAGGUGGGAGCUCAGAUCAGAAUGUUAAUAAAUUUGUGCAAGUGUUGCUAACUGGAGAAAAGGGUAAGCCAUCUUGAUUGUCAUUUUUAUGAUUCUAUCUGAUCAAACUUUGCAAAAUAGCAUUCACAAUUCAAAAAACAAGAUCAAAUUAGCACUUAUAUUCACUAUUUUGAUAA